GCCACCCGUGCCUGCCGCCCCGCGAUCCCGCCCUCCCCGCCCCGCCGCUGCGGGCCUUCCUCCGUCCCUCAGCCUGCUGUGCAUCCUGGAGAUGCAGAAACCAUGUAGCAGAAAGCUUUGAGCAGCUGUGGAUGAUCACUUUCUCCCAAGAGGAGUAAAAAGUGAAGGAUGAAGGCGACUGGAUUUAUUUCCCUGUGGACGUUGGUUUCACUGCCUUGUGGCCCGUUAGCCAGCCCUGCAGAACGUGAGGAUGUGGUGAAACAUGCCAUCAAGCUGCACCGUGGGAAGGGGGCUGGCAUCACUCAGAGGAAGCAGUGGGUGUUGGAGAGCUGCAGAAAACUCUCCGGUCUUCUUCGCCAAAAGAACGUUGUCCUCAACAAACUAAAAAACGCCAUAAGAGCAGUUGAGAGGGAUGCAGGACUGUCUGACGAAGAGAAACUUUUUCAGGUGCACACCUUUGAAAUCUUCCAAAAGGAGCUAAAUGAAAGUGAAAACUCAGUCUUUCAGGCAAUUCAUGGCCUUCAGAGAGCUCUACAAGGCGACUACAAAGAUGUUGUAAAUAUGAAAGAAAGCAGUAGACAGAGACUGGAGGCCUUGAGAGAAGCUGCAAUUAAGGAAGAAAUGGAAUAUGUUGAACUCCUAGCAGCAGAGAAACACCAGGUUGAAGCCCUUAAGAACAUGCAGCACCAAAACAAAAGCCUGUCAAUGCUUGAUGAAAUUCUGGAAGAUGUCAGGAAGGCAGCUGAUAGAUUGGAAGAGGAAAUAGAAGAGCAUGCCUUUGAUGACAACAAAUCUGUAAGAGGUGUAAACUUUGAAGCUGUUUUAAGGGUGGAAGAAGAUGAAGCCAACUCCAAAAGAAAUGCUUCAAAAAGAGAAGUAGAAGAUGACUUAGGACUUAGUAUGCUUAUUGAUUCUCAGAACAAUCAGUAUAUCCUUACUAAGCCCAGAGACUCAACCAUUCCUCGUGCUGAUCAUCACUUCAUAAAGGAUAUUGUGACAAUAGGAAUGUUGUCUUUGCCGUGUGGCUGGCUGUGCACAACAAUAGGAUUGCCGACCAUGUUUGGAUAUAUCAUCUGUGGAGUACUCUUAGGACCCUCAGGACUAAAUAGUAUCAAGUCUAUUGUACAGGUGGAGACAUUAGGAGAGUUUGGUGUAUUCUUCACUCUCUUUCUAGUUGGUCUGGAAUUUUCUCCUGAAAGAUUAAGAAAGGUAUGGAAAAUAUCUUUGCAAGGACCCUGCUACAUGACAGUUCUGAUGAUUGCCUUUGGUUUACUGUGGGGCCAUUUGCUCCAAAUUAGACCAACACAGAGUGUCUUCAUUUCCACUUGUUUGUCUUUGUCAAGCACACCACUGGUGUCCAGAUUUCUUGCAGGUAGUGUUCGAGGAGAUAAAGAAGGGGAUAUUGACUACAGCAGCGUACUGCUUGGCAUGUUGGUGAUGCAGGAUGUGCAGCUUGGUUUAUUUAUAGCUGUCAUGCCUACACUUAUUCAAGCAGGAGUGAGCACAUAUUCCAGCAUUUUCAAGGAAAUUCUGAGAAUACUGAUCCUGAUUGGCCAAAUUCUGUUUUCUCUGGCUGCUGUUUUUCUGCUAUGUCUUGUUAUAAAGACUUAUCUCAUAGGACCGUAUUACCGCAAGUUGCACACAGAAAGCAAAGGGAACAAGGAGAUCCUCAUUCUAGGGAUAACUGCAUUCACCUUCCUUAUGUUAACGAUCACAGAGCUGUUGGAUGUUUCAAUGGAGCUGGGAUGCUUCUUAGCUGGAGCUCUGAUCUCUUCUCAGGGUCACAUGGUUACUGAGGAGAUUAUGUGCUGUAUUGAACCAAUACGUGACUUUCUUGCCAUCAUUUUCUUUGCAUCUAUAGGACUUCAUGUUUUCCCCACUUUUGUAAUAUAUGAACUCACAGUCCUGCUAUUCCUUACAUUGUCUGUCGUCAUAAUGAAGUUUGUCUUGGCAGUGCUUGUCCUUUCUUUGAUUCUUCCAAAGACCAGCCAAUAUAUCAAGUGGAUUGUCUCAGCAGGACUGGCACAAGUCAGUGAAUUCUCUUUUGUUCUGGGAAGUAGAGCACGCAGAGCAGGGAUCAUAUCUCGGGAGGUCUAUCUUCUUAUUCUGAGUGUGACUACUCUAAGCCUUUUACUUGCCCCUGCCCUGUGGAGAGCUGCAAUUAUGAAAUGUGUUCCGAGACCUGAAAGGCGCUCAAGUACUUGAUCAAGAUUUGCACAAAUUGAAGGAUAUGUCCUCUUGCAAGGAAAACAUCUUCAUUGCUCAUUGUAUUUCUAUGCACUCAGAAAACAAGACCUGUUGAGUAGUCAGUCCUCUUAAUAAGCACUUGGUUAUAAGCCUUACACUGACCUUAAAACAAAAUUCAGUACUAAAAAAUAAUUGCAUAAUAUGAAUUGCACACCUUUUACAAAAUUUACUUUGACUGAUUGGAAUCUACUAGAACAUUUGUUUCUGAUCCAAUCUGUUAUUCAGAGCAUAAAUUAUUUUUUUUAAAUAUAGUCUCAUGCAAACUCUGUUUAAUAUUUUUUUGCCUGAAUGUGCCUUUUAAUUUUCAUCCUGUUAAUGCUGGUUCAUCACCAGAUUUUGUUCAAAAAGGAAAAAAAGAUAUAUAUAUAUUAUGGUGCCUAUGGUAUCUUCUUUCACUAAAUGACUUAAGUCAUUUUCACAUUUAUGAUUUUAAUAUAGCAGUAUAAAAUUAACUACAAACCAAAUUUCUGAUGGUUAAUAAAAGUGUGAUCCUCUGCACAAAGAAAAGGUUAAACUGUUUAGCAAACUGUUUAGCAAGUAGUUAAUUACAUAUUCCAGUUCAUGCAGCCAGUACUGCAUGAUAUUUUAUUUCAAAUUGCAGCAUAUAAUGUAUUUUCUUAUAGUGGUAUAUUUUGUGUUAGCUUUUGUAUUUAUUUACAU